AUGGUGUUAAUACUUUCACGUAUUUAUACAUUAUUACAACGACCAAAUAAAAAUACAAAUCCAUUAAAUAAUGAACAUGUUAAUAAAGAACAAACAAUAAUUGAUAGUUCAUCAAUAAUAUCAUCAUCAGAUAAUAUUCUUAUUGAACUUGUUGAAGAAUUAUAUGCACAUACAAAACAAUCAUCAACAUUACCAUAUGAAGCUUUACUUUUAUUACCUAAAGUUAAUGAAUGGACUUUAUUAUCAAUGACAAAUAUUGCACAAAGAAAAAUCACAAUGUUUUUAUUGAUGUUAUUACGUUUCAGUGCUCGUUUUGAAGAAUCAGACAAUCGUUUAUUUCUUAUUGCUGAUCAAAAAUAG